GCCCUCUCCCAGGCACAGCUUGUGGAGGUGUCUAUGAACUGCACCUUUGGCAUGAUGAUCAUCGGCACACUCCACGAGUGUGUGCGGGAUCUAUUUAUAGAACACCGGGAAACCACUGAACAGUUAGUGGUAGCUGUCAUGGGUGUGAGCGAUCUUUGUCUCAGCAAAGAGUUGGCGUGUGCUGAUAAUGUCCUCGCCUCAGUGCACGCCACUAGCUUCCGCACCCUGGCUCUGUUCUCCGAGUGGAUCAUCACGUAUGGCAAUAAGGCUACAAGCAGUAACGAGGCCGCCAUCAGCGCCGCAAGUGUGGAGGGUCUUCUCAUGCAGAUCACGCGGUUGUUAGUGCACACGCUGGCACGACAAGGCAUGCCCACAGCCGUGUACUCGGGCGCUAUUGAGAUGCUCCGGCGGAUGACUGCGAGGAUACGACCACUACACCUGCUCACGUGGGGGGAUAUGUCGGCAUUGGUACAGAACCUGCAUGUUAUAGAGGAGUACCUACCAAAACAGGACAGACAUCAAGGUCAAGGAUCCGCAAACAGAGAGAACCUCACAAGUGCACUAUAUAUAGCUGUCACGUAUGCGUACCUACAGCCGUACGCCAAUCUGCCGGAAUCGGGACAAAAUUACACCGAAAGAGCAGCCAAAUACAGGACAGCCAUGGGGCCGUGGUUGGACCGGUACAAUCAAUUGCACACGUACGUCAAUACACACAGCGACGCUUCAGCCGAAGAGACGAUGCGACUGCAGCUGACAACUGCCGCAGAUAUAAUAUAUGGCAUCAAGGAUCUGCCAAAGAAGUCCAAGGAGAUGUUCCACGCUGGGUUUGAGCCUGUGCUGCUAACUGCAUUGGAGCAGUGUGCAAAAGCACGAACUAUCUAACCGCUUCUAUCAAUGUGAUCAU